AUGGCGAAUGUGAAGACCAACCUCACGCUCAUCGAGCUCAAACGUUCGCUCAUCCCGGCCAAGUGGGAGGACAGCGUCCGUGUCAUCGGCAUGUCCGAGUACAGGGAGGCCGCGCUGUCCCUGUCCCACUCGUUCGCCUCCGACGACCUGUCUCAGUACCUCUUGAACGCGGACGACAUGUCCAACCUCUCUGCAGAAGAGAAAUGGAGGCUCCAUGUGGACAUCAUGACCUACAUGGUGGCAGCCCAUUGCCUGAACGGAGUCGUGACCACGAUUGGCCCAGACUACGAGGGAGUCGCACUCUGGAUGCCGCCCGGGAAGAACGUCGACGAUUGGUGGACUGUCCUCCGGAGCGGCAUGUGGAGGCUGUACUAUCAGCUCUCCCCUGAAGGGAAGAAGCGGUACUACGAGGAGAUGCUCCCGCUCCUCCACCAAACCAAGACCGAGGUGCUGGGUGAAGGCGAUGACAACGCCUGGUAUCUGGUCUACCUCGGCACCAAACCCAAUGCCCGCGGCCGCGGAUACGCGAGGAAGCUCCUUGAGAAUAUGCUCGAGCGGGCCGAUGCCGAGAAGCGCCAAGUCUACCUCGAGUCGAGCUCCUUGGCCAACAAUGCGUACUACAAGAAGUUUGGUUUCGAGGUCAAGAGGGACAUCUACCUCGAGCGAGGGCACAUCCCCGUCCGGCUGUCCAUCAUGGUCCGUGAGCCCCAGGCCGUUCGGAAGGUUGCUUACUCUAGCCCUGCCGUCACCGCUGCUGGCAGUGUCAAGCUCCAGGUCGGCGGCAAUCUUAAGAAGGCGCAGCAGAUGGCCAAUGGCCUCUGA